AUGGCUAAAAAGAGAUCCUCAAAAGCAAAGACAAUAACUGGUACCGAUGUCACAGAGACAUUGACUGGUAUCAAGGAGAACAAGCCAAUAUCAAGUGGUACCAGUUGCAGCAUCAACCAACCUCCCGAGACCAUUAGGAAUCUCAUACGUUACUGGCUUACUGAAGAAGAAGCCAGUGAUAUACUUUUACAAUUCCGCAAGGCCUGCAUUCCAAACCAUCAACUCCUAUGGAGCGGUAUGCCACGGGCAACGGCUCAGCAAUGGGCUGAUACCCAUGGUUUCCAGACACUGACAACCUCACUGGGACCGCUUUUGCGAUCCGACGAUCCAGACUGCUGUUGUUGUCGGAAGAUCAGGAAGAGUCGAAGCAAUUAUAUUCAUGGUGCCUCUAUUAUUUUUUCUUGGUUCAUUUCGCAGGGUGAUUUAGUGACUGUGCUUUCGCAACCUCCGCCGCAGCAUUUUCAUCCUACAGGACAGUCGUUUUAUCAAUUGUACGAGGAGCCUAUUGUCAAGGGAAUGUUGGGAAAUCGGCCUGUGACAAGGAUUAUGGUGGCCCAUCCAACCAUCAAAUCAGCUAUUGACUUUACGUAUGAGAUGUGGCCUCAUGACGAGGUUUCUCUCUGGACCAAUAGUUUUGGGAUGGAGGAUAUCGUGAUUUAUUGGCGCCAAGUCAAAACGGCAAAAAAUGCUACAAAGAUAGCUAUUAGCUAA